AUGACACGAGAAGCCCGCAUCGAAGUCCCCGUCCGCACAUCCAGCCCCAGACAACCAGAAACAGAGCAUGAGCAAGAUCGAGAACGAGAAACGAGCCCCGAUAGAAUUACUGAAGAACAAGAACCAGAGCGAGACCGCCGCAGCCGGUUUCGGCAGGCUUCCUACUCUCCUCCUUACGUUCGCCGUCGACGCCGUAUCUUCUCCCCCUCCCCUCCACGUCUUCCUUAUGUUUCUUCCCAUCAUGAACUCUUUGCCAGCGAGGAUUCCCAGUCUGGAUCUCAAUCCCAACAAGACCGCUGCGUCUACCUCGUUCCCUACAGCCGAGAAGCAUACAUAACCACCCACCCAGCGACCCAGUACGACUUUACCCAGUGGCUCCCCCUGCUCGCCCUCGGCGCCACAGAGACUUGGUACAGAUUCAGCACUGCCAAAGAUAAAAUAGUCUAUACAAACCAAAGCCUGCCCCUUCUUGCACCCCCGAACCCAAACCUUGUACCCCUGUCAGAUCCUAAACCCGUCGGGCUCCGACUCGCCCGGAUCGCGGCAACAGCAGCCCUGCGCCCUCCCUCUUCUCCUUCGGUUCCAGUCAAGUACGAAGAUGGGUCAAAACCUGAGCAGCCGAACCUGGUCUACCUCUCCAUCCAGGCAUCCAUAACAGGGUAUACGAACCGAUUCAAUGACCGCUGGGACCACCCUGACCGAGACCUGCCGGACCGACACUUGCCCGACGUCGCGGAUAACUCGCUCGUAGGGCAGAAUAUCUACCGAGUGAUCCGGUGCGGGAGCCGUGAAGAGGCGGCUUCACGGGCGUUUUACGAUGCUGGUGGGAAUCGGUGGUCGACGGUGUUUACCUGUGCUGUUGUGGCUGGGGCGAGGAGUCUGUCGGGACGCGUGAUGGUUUACGAUGCUGAGGCUUAUGAGAGGGUCAGUUCGGUGGAGGAGUUGGCUGAGGACGGGGUUGAGAUGAAGGGGCAGAAGAUUAAAGUGUUUUAUUAA